CAUAAACGUUUCCCUUAUCUCUCUCUCACUCUCCGUUCCAAUGGGGACUCUCACCAGCGUCGCUUUUGCAGCUGCCGUGAACAUCAGAUUCCGAUCAUUUCACCACCGUGACAACAUUAAGACGAUAACAACACUACCCAAAUGGCAAAAGAGACUCUGUUUCACUUUCACAGAGGACUCUCAUAGAUUUAGGGUUGUAAAGUGUUUAAGCAAUGAUGAAAACAGUAACAGAGACAACAACACUGUCGGAGAUAACACAGAUACCAACAAGUCUUCUUCUGUUGUAAAAACAGCAUCUCGUGUUGAAGAAGAAGAUGACGAGACAAGUAACACUGCUUCUACUUCCACCAGUACCAGCAGCACCAGCAACGAGUUCGGUUCCGACAAGACUUCAAUGCCAUCAACUGUAUCAUCCGUUGAUUCAACAUACAGUAGCUUUCAAAUAGACUCAUUUAAGCUAAUGGAGCUUCUUGGACCUGAGAAAGUAGAUCCUGCUGAUGUGAAGUUAAUAAAGGACAAACUUUUCGGCUAUUCGACAUUUUGGGUGACGAAAGAAGAGCCAUUUGGGGACCUUGGGGAAGGAAUCCUAUUUCUUGGGAACUUGAGAGGGAAGAAAGAGGAAGUUUUUGCUAAACUUCAGAGGAAACUAGCUGAAGUUGCUGGAGAUAAAUAUAAUUUAUUCAUGAUUGAAGAGCCUAACUCAGAAGGGCCAGAUCCUCGCGGUGGUGCUCGUGUUAGCUUUGGCUUGCUUCGUAAAGAAGUCUCAGAGCCUGGACCAACUACACUAUGGCAGUAUGUAAUUGCUUUGAUUUUGUUUCUUUUGACAAUUGGUUCCUCUGUGGAGUUAGGAAUUGCUUCUCAGAUUAACCGCUUACCUCCCGAGGUGGUAAGGUAUUUCACCGAUCCAAAUGCUGUUGAACCACCUGAUAUGGAGCUGCUGUAUCCGUUUGUAGACGCUGCAUUGCCUUUGGCAUAUGGUGUGUUGGGAAUUCUUUUGUUUCAUGAAUUAGGACACUUUCUUGCUGCAGUUCCAAAGAAAGUAAAGCUUAGCAUUCCUUACUUCAUUCCAAACAUUACACUCGGAAGCUUUGGUGCAAUCACACAGUUCAAGUCGAUUCUUCCUGACCGGAGUACAAAAGUUGACAUUUCGCUAGCUGGACCAUUUGCUGGAGCUGCACUCUCAGUUUCCAUGUUUGCUGUUGGUCUGUUCCUAUCUACUAACCCGGAUGCAGCUAGCGAUCUGGUGCAGGUUCCCAGCAUGUUAUUUCAAGGUUCAUUACUUCUUGGGCUCAUCAGCAGAGCAACUCUGGGAUAUGCAGCAUUGCAUGCUGCUACAGUUUCAAUCCACCCGCUUGUAAUUGCUGGAUGGUGUGGUUUAACAACAACAGCUUUUAAUAUGCUUCCUGUGGGAUGUUUGGAUGGAGGCAGAGCUGUUCAGGGCGCGUUUGGGAAAAAUGCGUUGGUUACAUUUGGUUUGACAACUUAUGUAAUGCUUGGACUCAGAGUGCUUGGCGGCCCAUUGGCACUUCCUUGGGGACUCUAUGUACUAAUCUGCCAGAGAACACCUGAAAAACCAUGUCUAAACGACGUGACCGAGGUUGGAACAUGGAGGAAGGCCCUCGUCGGGACUGCAGUAAUCUUGGUGAUUUUAACGCUCCUGCCAGUAUGGGAUGAACUCGCAGAAGAGGUAGGCAUAGGGCUUGUAACUACAUUUUGAUGUCAUCUUCUGUCUUUGAGCAGAUGUUGUAGUUAGGGCCAAUCCGAAGCAAAUUUUUGUUAUAUAGUGAGCCAUGUCUGUACACUGUAAGCUAGUGAACAAGUAUUUAUAUGUAACUACUUAAAUUUUUAAAAAAUAUUAUACCUCCUGCUGA